CAGCAUCAGUAACUUGUCGUGGGAUGAGAAGUGAAACAGCUGAAUGACUCGAGCACCGUGGGAAACCGCUGUCCUCCGUCACAGCAGAAUGAAAAUGAAUAUCAUCAUCAUCUGCAGCAUCAGAGAGCAACUUUCAUUAUAUUCCAGUCGUCCCAGUGUGAUCUGGUGAUAGUGACCCGGGGGGGGAGAUGAUGCCUCUUCCUGCUCUGGCUGCAGUCUGUCUUCUUUUUGCUGUAAUACAACCUUAAUUAAUCGAGCCUGGUAUCAAACUGAGGAGCAUGUAGACGGUGUUGUUUUUUUUCCUCUAACGUGACGCUGUGCGAUCAGUGUGAACUUCAGACUGAUGAGUUAAAGCUGAGAAGUUGUUAUGGCCAGUUUAAGUCUAAAAAAUACAAAUUAAAGUAAAUUAUACAUAUAUUUCUAUGUCUGUAUCUACUGUAUAUAAUCAGAAGAAUCAGUGAUUUUCUGUCCGCGUGUUGAAUAAAAACUACAUCAAUCUUUGAAGCAACUGAAGAUGUUUUACCUCCUGAAUGUAGAGUAGUAGAAGUAUAAAGUAGCAGAAAAUGGAAAUACUCAUGUAAAGUACCUCAAAACUGUACUUGAGUAAAUGAAGAUCUGGGUUUUGAUUUGAUUAUCCAACCUGUAAAUAUUCUGUAAUACGUUCAUAAAGGUGCAAAAAGCAGCACUUGAGCAGUUUGCCAGAGGCCCUGAUGAAAGUUAAUACAGCAGUUUGUUGUAACGUGUCGAGCAGCCGGAGGAGGAGGAAGAGGAGGAGGAGGAGGAGGAGGAGCCUGCAGAUGGAGGGAACAGCCUCUCAGAGGUGAGAUAGAGCGAUAGGACGGCUCUUCCUGAGUCGAGCUGCUCGUUCUCUGCUCCGGCUCUUCACUCCCACACGAUGGACUGAAGCUCUGGACUCUUCAGGGAACAUUCGAGCCACGAUGGAGUUGAGUGAUCAGGACAGCAGCAGCGCCUCGGCCUCCGUCACAGAGGAGGAGCUGGAGGGAGACAUGGACGAAGAGGUGGAGGGUGAGGAGGAAGAAGAAGAAGACAGUAAUGACAAACACAGGAGCAGCCCGGCCCCGAGUCUGUCCAGCUUCUCCUCGUCUCUACGCGCCGUCAUACGCAUCAAACAGAAGUACCAGGCCAUGAAGAAGAGGCGUCAGGAGCUGGCCCUGUCCAUGGGAGGAGCCGGGGGCCUCACAGGAGCACCGUCACGGACCAGCCCCAAAAUCUUCACCUUCGACCCCUCGGCCUUCCCCGCCCUGACGUCCUCCGUCGCUCAGAAGAAGAAGAAGAGGAGGAGGAGGAGGGUGUUGUUUCCUAACAGCGGAGGGCCGAGAGCCCCACCAAAGCAGGAGCAGAGUCGAGCCAAGUACUGCCUCUACCUGCUGUUCGCCAUCGUCUUUAUCCAGGUGUACAACGCCAUAGAGAACCUAGAUGACCACGUCCUCAGGUACGACCUGGAGGGGCUGGAGAAGACGCUGAGGAGGGAGGUAUUUGGGCAGCAGGGGGCAGUGGAGGGUCUGCUGUCCCACCUGAAGGACUACCUGUCCACCUACGUCCACAACAAGCCCCUGGUGGUGUCCCUGCACGGCCCCAGCGGUGUCGGCAAGAGCCACCUGGGACGCCUCCUGGCCGGACACUUCCGCUCCGUGGUUGGGGAGACGCUGGUGCUGCAGUACUACGUCCUCCACCACUGUCCUCAGGAGGCCGACGCCCUGCAGUGCGCCCGCAACCUCUCCACUAUCAUCUCAGAGAUGGUGGAACGAGCUGAGGAGGAGGAGAAGAUCCCGCUCUUCAUCUUCGACGAGGCCGAGCACAUGCACAGCGAGAUCCUGGAUGCGCUGUGGCAGCUCGUGGCCUCCAAACAGUCCAACGAAUACCUGAACGCCAUCUACCUGUUCCUGAGCAAUCUGGGUCAUGCACACAUCACCAAACACAUGCUGCACAACUCCUCCAGUAUUUCUAUGGCGAUGUCAGCUUCUGGUCGUCAUAGUAACCUGGUUAAAGAGCUGACUCCGAUAUUACGCAACAUUCUGGAGAAGCUCCACCUCCUGUGGACAGAGGCGGACAUCUUACCUCUGGGCCUCUUGGAGAAAAGUCACGUGAUGGAGUGCUUCCUGGAUGAAAUGACUCGAGAGGGCUUCUACCCGGAUCAUUCCAACAUAGAGCGCCUCGCAGGGGAGAUCCAAUAUUACCCCGCGGUAGGGGGCCAUGAAUAUUCCCAGACAGGCUGCAAGCAGGUGGUGGCUAAAGUGAAUCUGCUAUGAAAUCCUCUGCAGGAAAUGUUUGGAUGUUUCGCAUUCAGUAAACCAUGAAGAAACAGUGCGCCAGACGUGGGUGAGACCGUAUGUUUAUGAAACUUGAAUGGCACAACUCAGAGCCAAAGCUUUCAAGAGCAGGUUCCGACAGAUCGUAAAAAAAAAAGAGAGAAGUGAGUUCAGAGAAAAAGGACAGUGAAGACGUUCAGCUCUGUUGGGGGUAACGGUGUUAAUCCUGUGAAGAGGUUUGAAAACACCCAGUCCACAAACAUUCCUGAGAGGGUCGGGUCAGUUUAUGAAAAACCUCUCUAGUGGAAUCCAGCCAUCCAGAUAGUUUGGGGUUUUAUUUGACUAGAUUUUGAGAUUUCUGCUGCUGUUAACAGUUUUUUACAGGGUCUACUUGUUCGAUAGAAAAUACUUCAGCUCAAACGCUGACAGUAAGAUCUGUUCAGUAUCAAGUAAUGAAGGUUUUGUUUCUGAGAAGACACGCUGCUGUUGAUUUUUAGCAAUGUUAGUAACAGAGUGCUCAGGAAGCAGUGCUGUUUAGUUGACCACUUCUGUCUGAAAUAUAUCAAAAAAAAAAAAAGGAAAGCCGGCACAGACAUUCAUUGUCCCCAGAGGAUGAAUCCUGAGGCUUUUGGUGAUCACCUGGCUGGUCCUCUAGCGCCACCAUGAGGUCAACAUUUCUGGUUCUGAGCAAAAGAUCUCCACAACAUGAGGAUGGCUUAUCAUGAAUUUUGUACAAAUAAUCAGUUUCUUUAGAGGAUCAAUCUUCAUGAUUGUAUUGGUUAAUUUAUGUCUAAUAUAUGCUAAACAAUCCAGCUAACAUCUGUUAUCCAUUGACUUUCCUCUAGCUCCUCAAACAAGUUAACAUUUGUAUUUCUGGGAGAAUAAUAGCAACAACUACAGGAUGGAUUUUGAUAACAAAAAGUUAAAUCAUUCAUUGUCCUCUCAAGAUUAAAAUGCAAAAGCUUUAGAGACACUAGAUUCCGUUUCAUCUAGCGCCAUCACCACGUUCACUUUUUGCAAUACUCAGCCUCGAAUGUACUUUGUGGUUUAUGCUAAUCAGCAAAUGUGAGCAAGUUUACAUGUAAAACAAUGUUGAACAUGUCUGACAUGCAAAAAAAUCUGCAUGCUAGCAGUGUCAUAUUGAGCAUGUUUGCAUGCUAGCAUUAGCCCACAAACACUUAGAUGACUCCUGUCUUGAUUCAGUAUAAUUCUUUGAUUUUGUGAUCACCAAAAAUGAAAUUUCAUUUCACAUUAACUGUAUUUACGUAGUUGCAGAAAUCUCCAAGUUCAAUUUUAAAAAAUCUGGACAGAUAAAAAUAAAACUAUCUAAAUGGCUAAACACCACUAUAGGUAUAUUUUAGAUGCAUUUUUAUGAAUUGGGAGAACUGACCCUUUAACCCUUCUAACUCCUCUUUUAGUUUACAACUACUAUAUCAGGCAGCUCAAUCAGAUGUAGUAGAAGUGAGACCAAUUUUGAUUCAUUUAAAAAAAGGGAAGUUCAGAUAUUUAUAGCCUCAUGAAUGUGCAGAUUUGGGGAUAUUUUGUCAGAAAUGUGAAUUGCAGCAUGUCUUUAAAUAAUGCUUGUGCAAGUCAGCAGAUUCUGUAGAUUUCCACAGAAUCUUCGAUGUGUAGCUUGUGGAUUUACUUCGAUAAUAAAUGGGAUUAAAAACUGCAAUAAUAUCAAUAGCUGCUUUUGUUCAUAGGCUAGCAGCUAAUGACAUUUAGCCUCAAGCUAAGUCUGCUAGUAGCAGGGUGGAUCCUGCCUGCAUACCUGGCCUCACCUCUCAUUGUUUGAGGACAUGUGGUCCCUAACAAGCUUAUUUAUUAGAGAAAAAUAUUUUUGCAUGAUCACAUCCAACAAACAAAAAUAAAAUCAACACAGACUUGCAUUAGCAUUACGAUCUGAUUGUUACUGAUCUGAUGGGAUUGAAUGGGUCUUGAAUAUGUUAAUGUCCUGUAAUCAGUUUAUAUUAUUAAUAUAAACUUUAAUGUAAGGAGCGCCUUGAAAUUAAAGACACUGUGUAAACACGA